AUGGAUGAAGAGAUGAAAUCUCUCCACAAGAAUCAGACUUGGGAUUUGGUACAACUCCCUAAGGGAAAGAAGACAAUUGGUUGCAAAUGGGUAUAUGCCAAGAAGGAAGGUAAUCCUGGAAAAGACAACAUCCGAUUCAAAGCAAGAUUGGUAGCAAAAGGCUAUGCUCAGAAGGAGGGGAUAGAUUAUAAUGAGGUAUUCUCUCCAAUUGUUAAGCAUUCAUCAAUCCGUAUUCUGUUAGCCUUGGUUGCACAGUUUGAUUUGGAGUUAGCCCAACUUGAUGUGAAAACUGCCUUCCUACAUGGAGAUUUGGAAGAGGAAAUUUACAUGUCUCAGCCAGAUGGUUUCAAAGUCACUGGGAAAGAGAAUUGGGCUUGUAAACUGAAGAAGCCAUUGUAUGGAUUGAAACAAUCUCCUCGCCAGUGGUAUAAGCGAUUUGAUAAGUUCAUGGCAGAACAUGGAUAUACACGGAGUCAGUUUGAUCACUGUGUAUAUUUUCGCAAACUUCUUGAUGGUUCUUUCAUCUAUUUGCUCUUAUAUGUGGAUGAUAUGUUGAUCGCAUCAAAGAGCAAGGUGGAGAUUGAUAGACUGAAAGCUCAACUGAGAACUGAGUUUGAAAUGAAGGACCUUGGAGAAGCUAAGAAGAUUCUUGGCAUGGAGAUUCAGAGAGACAGAAGAAAAGGCACAGUCUGUUUGACAAAGACCCAAUACUUGAAGAAAAUUCUACAGAGAUUUGGGGUAGAUGGUAAGACCAAGCCUGUAAGCACACCUUUAGCUCCUCAUUUUAAGCUAAGUGCUUCAAUGUCUCCACGCACAGAAGAAGAGCGCAAGCAUAUGGCUCAAAUUCCAUAUGCAAAUGCAGUUGGUGCAUUAAUGUAUGCAAUGGUUUGUACGAGACCAGAUAUUUCACAUGCUGUCAGUAUGGUGAGCAGAUAUAUGCAUGAUCCGGGAAAGGGUCACUGGCAGGCAGUUAAGUGGAUUCUACGAUACAUUCAUGGCACAACUGAUAUUGGUUUGAAGUUUGAGAGGGAUGAUAGACUCGGACAAAAUUUAGUUGGUUAUGUGGAUUCGGACUAUGCUGGUGACUUAGACAAGCGUCGUUCCACAACAGGCUAUGUGUUUACACUUGCUAAUGGGCCUGUAAGUUGGAGGUCAACGUUACAAUCAACAGUAGCUUUGUCAACAACUGAGGCAGAGUACAUGGCAGUAACAGAAGCUUUCAAGGAAGCUAUUUGGUUACAUGGGUUGAUUGAAGAUUUGGGAAUGGUUCAAGAGCACGUGGAUGUCCAUUGUGAUAGUCAAAGUGUUAUUUGUCUUGCAAAGAAUCAGGUUCAUCAUUCCCGCACCAAGCACAUUGAUGUUCGAUUUCAUUUUGUUCGAGAAAUUGUGGAUGAAGGGGAUAUUCUGCUACAGAAGAUUGGUACUGUAGAUAAUCCAGCUGACAUGCUCACAAAAUGUGUCUCAGGGAUCAAGUUCCAACAUUAUGGAUCCCAUGGUGCUGCCAUUGCUUUACUCUAUGGAAUUGGUGGAGUUGGAAAGACAGCCAUAGCUAAGAGUGUUUUUAACCAGAACUAUUAUAAAUUUGAAGGGAAGAGCUUUCUAUCAAAUUUUAGGUCAAAGGAUAUAGUUUGCCUACAGAGGCAACUUCUUUUCGACAUCCUAAACAAGACUGUUGAGAUAAAUGAUCCUGAUGAAGGAAUUCUGAAGAUUAAGGAUGCAUUAUGUUGCAGAAGAACUCUUAUUGUUCUAGAUGAUGUGGACAAAAGGGACCAAUUCAAUAAAAUCAUUGUCAUGCAAAAUUGGCUUUGUAAAGGAAGUAAAAUCAUUGUAACAACCAGAAAUAAGGGUCUGUUUUCAGGUAAUGAUAUUGAGGGGGUCCGAUGCAAAAUCGAACCGCUAGAUGAUGAAAAAUCACUUGAGCUUUUCAGUUGGAAUGCCUUUGGACAAGCUGACCCUGUUGAUGGUUUUGUGGAAGACUCUUGGAGAAUAGUACAUCAUUGUAAUGGACUUCCAUUAGCUCUUGGAGUUAUUGGCUCUUCAUUGUCCGGAAAAGGAAGAGAAAUAUGGGAAAGCGCAUUACAACAAAUGGAAGUGAUUCUUAAUUUUGAAGUUCAAAAGGUUCUUCGAAUAAGUUACGACUUUCUUGAUGGUGAUUAUCCGAAGAACUUAUUCCUUGAUAUCGCAUGUUUCUUUAAUGGAAUGGAUGUGGAUGAUGCAGUUAGGAUACUGGAUGGGCUCGAUAAAGGUGCAAGAUUUGGGAUCGACAAUCUCAUCGAUAGAUGUCUUGUUGAAAUCAACAAUGAUAAAAGGUUGUGGAUGCAUCAACUAGUAAGAGAUAUGGGUAGGGAAAUUGCUCGUCAAGAAUCACUCAAAUGUCAAAGAAUAUGGCAUCAUGGGGAUGCUUUUACAUUUUUGAAAGGAACUACUGAUGCUGAAAAAUUGCGUGGCCUUACCAUUGAUAUGCAUACAUUAAUGGAAUAUCAUUAUGCAGAAGUUGUCUGUACUGAUUCAAUGGUUUGUCGCAAGCGCCGCAGGCUUAACUUCUUUCAACAAUGGCUUUGCGAUUUUUUCGAUGGGGGAAAAUUACAAACUGGCCAAACAAGUUUGUUUCCCAUCCUCAGCACGGAUGCUUUUAGAAAGAUGCCAGAUAUAAAAUUUCUCCAACUAAACUACACUAAUUUUCAUGGAAGUUUUGAGCACUUUCCCAAGAAUUUAAUAUGGUUAUGUUGGCAUGGAUUGUCUUGGAGCUCCAUACCAAAUCACGUAUGCUUGGAGAAGCUGGUGGUUCUUGAUCUAUCCAGAAGUUGUCUAGUUGAUGCUUGGAAGGGCAAACCGUUUCUUCCAAAAUUGAAAAUUCUUGAUCUCCGUCACUCUCGUGAUCUCAUUAGAACCCCAGACUUCUCGGGUCUCCCAGCCCUUGAAAAGCUAAUACUUGAAGACUGCAUCCGUUUGGUUCAAUUUCACGAAUCUAUUGGUGAUUUACAAAGAUUGUUGAUCUUAAAUCUAAGAAAUUGUACAAGUCUUGUGGAGCUUCCAGAAGAAAUGAGUAGAUUGAAUUCACUGCAAGAGCUGGUUUUAGAUGGUUGCUCAAAUCUUAACAGCCUGAAUAUGGAGUUAGAGCAUCAUCAAGGGCGCAAGUUGCUUCAAAGUGAUGGAAUUGUUGCAAGUACAUCAUUCAUUUCAUCUCUUCCAUUGAAGCUAUUCUUUCCCUCUAGGUUUUCAACGAGGAAAAUGUUGAGAUUUACCUCGUUUUCACUGCCACGCUUCUUGGAGAGUCUAGAUUUAAGUGGAACUCCAAUUUGUUUUCUUCCAGAAAGCAUCAAGGAUCUUGGUCUACUCAGAGCCCUAUAUUUAAGAAAUUGCAAAAUGCUCCAGGCACUCCCAGAGCUUCCAUUCCUUUUGGAUUUGUUAGAUGUGUCCCUUUGCUAUUCACUGCAAGGACUUGCAAAUCCAAAUAGUUGGACUGAAGGAGAUGGUUGUGAUCACUUAGUCGAGUUCCAAGAUCGGAUAAAGCAAGAAUUAAUCCAAAAGUUAGACUCUCAAAUGUUCAGAAUAAUGGAAACGGUUAGUGCUCAAAUACAGACAUCGAGAUUUCAGAUAACAUUUUUUGAUGGCAUAUUCAACGUUGUCGUCUAUGCAUUUGAAGAUGAGAUGUUAAGGAGGUUUUGUGCAGAGGGAGAAGAGGAUAAAUGGCUAAUUCAGAAUGAGUUUGUAGAUAACUUUUCAUUCAAAAUAUCCUCAUCACCUCCUGCGCACCGGAUAUGUGGCUUUAAUCUGUUGACAAGGUUUUGUAUGACGUCAGUAUACAGUGGCUUUAGUAAUGUUUAUAUUGAAAUCAGAAACAAUACGAGUGGUCGAUCCUUGCUUUCUCACUUCUUUGUGUUCCCUAUGAGGUACGCGCGUGGUGUUCGGGAAAUCCAAUCGCUAUUGCACACGAAAUUAGGGGGCAAUGAUCCUUCAUUUGAUAAUGGCGAUGACGUGAGUAUUUCAGUGCGUCCACGUGGUACAGCUAUCCAAAUAAGGACCGUUGGUGUACAAUGGUUGCAUGAAGAGGAAGGAAAGGAUGAAGUUAUCAAUGCCCACAACAGUAGCGAUGAUGAUGAUGAUGCAGCACACGCAGCCAAAGUAGAAAUAGCUUCUCGUAUUUUUAGAAAUUAUUAUUGUGCUUUCCAAGCUAAACACAGUGCUCGCAAUUUAGAUUUCAACCGUAAAAUCAAAAAAGCUGGAAAGCUUUUGAAAUAGUUUUUUCUUUUUUCUUGAAAAGCUUAUCAUGAAAAUAGCUUAUCAUGAAAUAGCAUGAGAUCUUUUAUUUAUAAAUAUUUAUAAGGGCUUUCAUAUUCAAAAAUGUAAUAUGAUAUUAUUUUAUUAAUUUGUAUUUAUAAUAAGACAUAUUAAAUAUAAGUUAACCUUUCAAUUUUCAUGUUA